GGCGCAAAGCCUCGGGAGCGUGAACUCUCGCGAGAGCGGACACAACUUCGCGGAGGCGCGUUGCCUUGGGAGUUUCCGCAGAAUGUCUCGGCCGGCGCUGCCUUGGGGCCACCUGGACCCGCAGCAGGAGCGUGACGUUCGCGAGCUCGUUCGCCAUGUGGCGGGCCUUCAGGACGAGGCGGACCCCAACUUCCAGCUCGCCCUGCACUUUGUUUGGUCCAACUUCAGAAAGACAGAUGCACAUUAUUCCAUAUUGUCACUUCUUCUGUGUCUAUCUGAUUCUCCUUCAAACAGCAAUUAUGUGGAAACACCAAGAGAUGAAGUGGAAAAGAAAGAUGAUUUUGACUGGGGAAAAUACUUGAUGGAAGGUGAAGAAAUUGACCUUGGUCCAAAUGUAAACACACCAAACUGGUCUGAAGACAGUGAAGAUGAAGAUGAUCAACAGCCCUUAAGUAGAGAAGACUCUGGAAUUCAGGUGGACAGGACACCGUUAGAAGAACAAGAUCAAAACAGAAAACUGGGGCCUCGUGUCAGCUGGAAAGUAGAUGAGACAGAUGGCCGAAGCUGGCUGGAACAGCAUGUGGUUCAUCAGUACUGGACAACCAGAUCCUCAAGGUUUCCUCAUAGUUUACAUUUGCACUCCAAUUUAGCUGCUUUCUGGGACCAACACUUGUAUAGCAGUGACCCAUUAUAUGUUCCAGAUGACAGAGUUUUUGUUACUGAGACACAGGUUAUUCGGGAAACCUUAUGGUUACUUUCGGGGGUAAAAAAACUCUUUAUAUUUCAGUUGAUAGAUGGGAAGGUAACUGUGAGAAACAGUAUUAUAGUAACUCAUUUGACACAUAGCUGUUUACGAUCAGUGCUAGAACAAAUAGCAGCAUAUGGCCAGGUUGUAUUUCGACUCCAGGAGUUCAUCGAUGAAGUUAUGGGGCACAGCUCUGAAGGCAUGUUACCUGGAAAUGGUUCUCUUCCUAAGAAGUUGGCUGAAGCUCCCUUUAGGACAUACCAGGCUUUCAUGUGGGCCCUAUACAAAUACUUUAUUAGUUUCAAAAAGGAACUUACUGACAUUGAGAAGUACAUCAUCAAUAAUGACACUACGAUAACUCUUGCCAUAGUGGUGGACAAGUUGUCACCUCGACUGGCUCAGCUCAAAGUUCUGCAUAAAGUAUUUAGUACUGGAGUAGCAGAAGUUCCACCUGACACUCGAAAUGUUGUUCGGGCAUCUCACCUACUCAACACACUGUACAAGGCCAUUCUUGAAUAUGACAAUGUUGGAGAAGCCUCUGAGCAGACGGUCUCGCUGCUGUUCUCUCUCUGGGUGGAAACAGUGCGACCCUACCUGCAGAUUGUGGAUGAGUGGAUCGUGCAUGGGCACCUCUGUGACUGCGCUAGGGAGUUCAUCAUCCAGAGAAACAAAAAUGUUCCAGUAAAUCACAGAGACUUUUGGUAUGCAACUUAUACACUAUACAGCGUAUCGGAAAAGACAGAAAAUGAAGAAAAAAUGAGUGAUAAUGCUAGUGCAAGUUCUGGCAGUGACCAGGGGCCCUCCAGCAGGCAGCAUACCAUGGUGUCCUUCCUCAAACCUGUCCUUAAGCAGAUAAUUAUGGCUGGCAAGUCAAUGCAGCUGCUGAAGAACCUGCAGUGUGUGGAGAGCACCACAUCCCAGGACACAGCCAGAGAUGCAGAAAGAAAAAGCUUGUAUACCCUGUUUCUGGAAUCUGUGCAGUCGCGUCUUCGACAUGGAGAUCCCACUGCACAGGUCCUCACUAAGCAGCAGGUGACCAAAGAGAACCUAAUUAAGAUGCAGUCCAUUGCUGAAAGGCAUCUUGAACUGGAUGAUGUUCAUGAUCCACUCCUGGCAAUUAACUUUGCAAGGUUGUAUUUGGAACAGAGUGACUUUCAUGAGAAGUUUGCUGGUGGAGAUAUAUGUGUGGAUAGAUCAUCAGAAUCUGUGACCUGCCAGACUUUUGAGUUAACACUGAGAUCUUGCCUCUAUCUUCAUAUUGAUAAGCAAUAUCUAGAGUGCUGUGGAAACCUCAUGCGAACUCUAAAAAAAGAUUACAGGUAUAAGGGAUAUUUUUAUUUGAGCAUAGUACUUUCACAAACUAAAACUGAAAUUUCUUUAUCUAGUCUGUCUAUAUCUUAUGAAAGUGUUGACACAACCAAGAAGAAACUCCCUGUUCAUAUCUUAGAUGGUCUGACCCUGAGCUAUAAGAUCCCAUGGCCUGUGGAUAUUGUUAUAAGUUUGGAAUGUCAAAAAAUUUAUAAUCAGGUGUUCCUUCUCUUAUUGCAAAUAAAGUGGGCAAAAUAUAGUCUGGAUGUUUUACUAUUUGGUGAACUAGCUAAUACUGCUGGAAAACCACAACUCAGAGAAGGACUUUUAUGUGAACAAGACACAACUGCUCAGUUUGGACCGCAAAAGGAACCAAUAAGACAGCAGAUUCAUCGUAUGUUCCUCUUGAGAGUAAAGCUCAUGCACUUUGUGAACAGCUUACACAACUACAUCAUGACCAGGAUUCUUCACAGUACAGGGCUGGAGUUCCAACAUCAAGUCGAGGAAGCCAAGGAUUUAGAUCAGUUGAUUAAGAUUCAUUACAGAUACUUGUCAACCAUCCAUGAUCGAUGUUUGCUGAGAGAAAAGGUCAGUUUUGUGAAAGAAGCCAUCAUGAAGGUAUUGAAUUUGGCUCUCAUGUUUGCAGAUGGUUGGCAAGCAGGUCUGGGGGCAUGGCAAAUGGAAUCUAUAGAGAAAAUGGAGUCUGAUUUUAAAAACUGCCAUAUGUUUCUUGUAACCGUUUUAAACAAAGCUGUCUGCAGAGGAUCCUUUCCCCAUUUGGAAUCUCUCGCACUGUCACUCAUGGCUGGCAUGGAACAAAGUUAAAUAUCUUUAAUGUAGUAAAUACCCAAGAUUUGAUCUUUAUACAUAAAUAAUUCCACCACAUGCAGCUGAGAAACCAGAAUCUCUAUUUUGGUUCAUUUUAAAAACUGUUGUCUACUAUCGAGACAAGUACAUUUGUAGGUGUUUUCUUUGAUAUUAUUGGAUAGUAUAUAAGGUUAUGUGUAUAAAAUUAUAUCAAUAAAGCAAAAUGUAUAUAA